AUGAUGAACAGAGAAGAUUCUAAUAAAAGAUUUGAUCGAUAUGGAUAUAUUGUACCAUCAGGAGAAUCUAAUUUUGAAGAAGAAUUAAAUGCAACAGUUGUUCGUCGUCGAGAACAAAAAUGGCUUGAUAUGUUUUCACAAUGGUCAUUAUUUAUAGCAUCACGUUUUGAUAAACUUAAAAAACGUUGUCGAAAAGGUAUACCUGCAUCUGUACGUGGACAAGCAUGGUAUCAUUUAUCAGCUGCAAUGUAUCGACAAGAUCAUGAAGAUCGAAAUUGUUCAACAAAAAGUUUAUUUUCAUAUUAUUUAACACAAAAUCCUGAUGCACGUGUUCUUGAUGAUAUAAGAAAAGAUUUAGCAAGAUCAUUUCCUGAUCAUGAAAUGUUUAGAGAUGAUGCUUGCGGACAACAAAGUUUAUAUGAUGUACUUAAAGCAUAUGCUGUACAUGAUCCUGAUGUUGGUUAUUGUCAAGCUCAAGCACCUAUUGCAGCUAUUUUAUUAAUGCAUUUACCACCUGAACAAGCAUUUUGGGUAUUUGUUCAAAUUAAUGAAGAAUAUGUUAAAGGAUAUUUUAGUGAUGGAUUAACAGCAAUUAAAGAAGAUGCAUUAGCAACAGCAAUACUUAUAAAACGUGUUUCACCAAAGAGUUAUCGUUUACUUCAUAAACUUGAGGUUGAUCCAAUAUUAUAUACAGUUGAUUGGUAUAUGACAUUGUUUUCUCGAACAUAUCGUGCACCACAAUUAUAUCGUUUAUGGGAUAUAUUUUUUUGUGAAGGUGUUAAAGUAUUAUUUCGUUUAGCUCUUGUUAUUGUAUGUGAAACUCUUGAUGUUGGUCCGUCUGAUUUAGUAACACGAGCACAUCAAUGUGAUAAUGCUAUGGAUCUUGUUACACUUAUAAAACAAACUGCUAAAGAAUUACCAUUUGAUCUAUUAUUAACUAAAAUGGAUAAACUUCCAUUAAGUGAUAUUCAUCUUGCUCAAGCAUGUAAACAAGCAAGACAACAACUUAGUUUAGAUACGAAAACAAUGCAAAAUCGUAAAAAAUAA